GGUCGACAGUACUUUCGGCAGGAGCCCGCAAAAUACAGCGAAAAAGAUCGCUUUUUCUACCAAUAUAUACCAUUUAUAGUUUGUGAAAUUAAUCGAGCAGAAACUUGACACAUUCGGGUUACAAUAAAACAUCAGAAGUAUGGCAAAACUGGUAAAAGUUUGCCCAGGAUUGCAAGACUACGAAUUCGAGAGGCGACAACUUCCACUGGUUGUUGACGACACUCUCACGAUGGUGAUGCAAUUCAAUGACAGCUGCUUGGGCUGUGAGAAGGGGAGCAUCAAACAGAAAGAGAUGGAAAGUUUUGUCCAGAAGUUUUCAGCGUUGACAAAAGAUGAAGUAGCUAUCGCCCUUUUGGUUAAAGACAGUGAUAUUUUUCACCUGUUAUCACAGAAGGUGCCGUGUGUAGGCUGUCGGAGGAGUGUUGAGAGGUUGUUCAGUCAGCUUGCACGUUCAAGCCAUCCUGCUCUGGAACCAUUGGUGAUCACAAAGGAUUCUGAGCUGUCCAUAAACCGAAACUACCUGUUAGAUCCCAAAGCGAUGUAUGCUUUAUUUCACGUGCAUGGGUCCAAAUUCAGCACAAUUGUGGACUCGAUUCCCAAGAGCAGAAAGAAUAAGCGGUGUACACUACAUUCCCUGGAAACACACAAGGUGAAAUGCUUGGGGACUUGGACUGAUGUCUGGGAUGUGUUAUCGAAAGAAUGCAGGGAAAAGGUUGUCCUUAUCGAUGCUGAUAGUCUCUUGGAUACCUUAGAAACAUACCUCAGAAAGCACAGAUUCUGCUCCGACUGCAAGUCUAAGGUUCAGCGUGCGUACAGCAUAUUGGUUGGCGAAGUCAACUCCAACUCUGAGAAAGGUUACUGUCCAGCCCUGUAUGAAGGUCUCCGCUGUUGUCCACAGGACAGACACCUCCAUAUUCACUGUGAUACUGACUUCAUUGAGCAGAUCAUUCAUCGUGCUGAGCCAGAGUUACUUGGCAGCAGUAGCCGCAGGGAACGGCAUGCCAAGACUUUGGACAUUGCACAAGAAGAGGUCCUGACUUGCCUGGGGAUACAUUUGUAUGAGAGGCUUCAUCGUAUCUGGCAGAAGCUCCGUGCCGAGGAACAGACUUGGCAGAUAUUGUUCUGUUUGGGGGUUGAAUCAUUGAAGAAGAACUUUGAGGUUGCCCUGGAGAAGAAGCAGGGCAAAUCAAACUUGGAGCUGAUGUGCGAGGAGCUGCUUGCAGAGGAAAUAGCCAAAGAGCAGAAACGCGAGCAGAAGCGACAGAAACGUAAGAAGAAGAAAAACAAAGGAGGUCCGGUUGAGAAUGGGUGGUGCCCGGAACAAAACAGUGAUACUGGUGGUGAUAAGUGUGAGUGUGAUGAAAAUACCAAUUGCUCUAUCACCAACUGUGCAAACUGUGAUCGUGAUCAUUCUGCCAACAACAACACUUUGGACAAAAUCGUCGACUCUUGUACAGACUGUAAGGGAGACCAGGAUCUACGCGCCCUAGGCUGUAAGGUUCCGCCGCCGGGGAGUUUGAGUAAUCGGAGUGAUGCGGGGUACUCAUCAGGCCAUGAAGGAUGCGAGAGUUGCAGUAUGCCAAGUUCAAAUGGGUCAGAUAUAGCUUGUUCGGAGGAGAGUUGUAACCAUGAUGGUAACUCUAGUCCAUGUACUGUCGACCUUCCAGACGUGUGCAAGGAGUGGUUAGGGGACGGCAGAGAGGGAGGUUGCAGGCAGAAAGGACGAUGUAAAUCAACCAGAGACCUAGGUAAAGCAGUUCAAGUGGAACCGCAACAGAACGACUCCAGCCCUUCCAAAGAUUCCCACUACAGAACGACACUCAGUUUACAAGAUAUGUUAGAGGCGUCAUGUUCUUCUGAAGACGAAGGUGAUGCAAUAUCAGAAGAGGACAUCCAGAGAUUCAAGGAAAAUUCGAAACUGCUGUCUACCAAGCGUCAGGAGCUGCGUGAGACAUUGCGGAAACGUUUUGACAUGAUGUGUCGUAAUGGGCAGUGUGCGCAUCCAAAUUGUAAAAUGAAUCAUGCGAUGAAAGACUUGAAUCUCGGCUCUGAAUAGGCCCUUGGCUCUUUUCUUUAAUUGUACAGUUUUGUCAACUUGUUACUAAGACUUUAAUGAUGGAGGUUGGGAUUUUGUGGAUGAUAGUUUGGUUGACCUUUAUGCGAGUUCGAGAUGUCUUAUGAUAAAUCCAUCAAGAAGUGUAUGCAAUUAACACCUUGGGUACCCAACUAGGUAGAUCUACAGUUAUGUCUAUUGCUCUCAACCGUUCUUUGCCCAACAACUUGUGGAUGGAACCCCUGCAUUAAAGUCCUCCUUAACGAAAUCUAUCAUCCACAUCCUCCCAUAAUCCACAUAAUCGUUCAACACUGUUGGCAUACUUGAAAAAAGUAAGUGAUAUCUAAGCUGUGGGCUGUUUCUAGCAGGUGUAUAAUGUGACAUGCAGAGAAGUAAUGCAUCCGAGAUGCUAUUUGUAUAUAGAGUGUUUGAAAUUAUGAUGCAACUGAUGCUUGUCACCUGAAUGUCUUGGAAUUCACUCUUCAGUAUGUUAAGGGCGCCUGUAUUUAAGGAAGUGUCCCAUGCUCUUGGUGAUGACGGAACAAUGAUGUGAUUUUAGGGUUUAUGGUUCCUCUAGUUUGCCUCUUGAACCAGGUCGAAUAGAUACUUGUAUAUGGAUACCAGAAUUGCCAGUUUUCUUAAAUUUCAGUGACCCGUUUGCCUUGGAUAUGUCGAGAGGUGUAACCGGUUAUUGAAUGGAGGCGGCAGUUAUUGUGAAAUGGAGACAGCUAAUUUUGUAUGAAAGUAAUUUAUUGAACGGAUUGUGAAAUUUCGAGGUUAUUUCAGUUACCUUGGUCUGAAACUUUUGUUAGUUGGACAUUUGUCUAUCUUGAAUAUCAGAAAAGAAAUAUAUGCAUUUGUCCACACUUAAAAAGAAAUGUAUAAAAAAGUUUAGUUCUUGCUCACCGGUAAAUGAUGACCAUAAAUUGACCCAACAUGCAUUACUUCCCUGACUGCUUUUAAUGUGAACUACCAGACAUUAGACACACUGAAAAAAUGGACAUAUUCUUACUUGUAAAGUCGAAGGCUGAAAUUUUUUAACUUGCUAUGCAAACUUGGUUGUUAUUUUCCUUAGUCCUGUAACUGUAAUAAUUUAGAAAUUAACCCAUUAAGUAAUAACCCCUGGGCACCCAACAUGUUAAAAAUGAUCAGUAAGUGCAAGGAUAAUCUCACACAUGUCAUAAGUGAAUUAUUAUACUGAAAGAAAGGCAGUAAAAUUUAUGAUGGUAUUGUUGUAGUAUCUAACCGAAUGUUUGAAGGCCGUUGCUGUAAUUGACAAUGAUAGGCUGGCCCCUACCUCUGUCAUCUGUCUAGGCUAUUGGGGCAAUUCAUUUCACAACGAUGCAUGCUCUAAUUGAACACAUUUUGUUCUUUCUAAAUUGUCCCUACCACUAAUCACAAAAUCAGUAAAACUUUCACUGUCAGCGUUUCCUUGGGCCAAUAACCCAGUUUACACUAGAACAAAUGGAAGUUAUCCACAAUGGAUUCUGGUCUCGUGUCUUUUGAAUGUGACUUGUAAAAACCUUAUAAUGGACUGCAUUUUUACAAGUCAUUAAAAUUUGAUGUGUUUGCAGUGGAUUUUGUUCUCAUGUCUUUAUUUGAAUGUGACUGGUAAAAACGUUUUAAUGGACAGUUUUUUCACAAGUCAUUAUGCUCAGAUGUGUUUGCAAUAACAGUGAUGUGACAUUUCAUAGGCCUACUUCUGCACAAUCACAUGCUUCUCUCUUUUGAUUUACCUUUUGCCUGAAGUGCUGUACUCUGUACUUGCGGCUAUUUUUUUACAUUGAAUGAGCUGCGAUUGCCAGUCACAACUUUCAAAAUCUUCAUAUUUAACUUUGCAGUUACUGACUGAAGCAGGGCUGCCUACGGUAUCAUUCUUUGGCUUAUCCGAUUGUUGAUUUUGUCCUUGUACUGGAAGAGGAGCUGGGGAUGAUUUGUAGUUUCUAGAUUGAUAGUCAAAUAAUAACCUUUGUACCUCAAUGAUUUUUGCCAGAAGUAGCAAUGGAGCCAUUUCCGUCUUUUUUUUAGAAUGGAUAUUUAAUUGUGUUGCAGAAAACUGUUUGUAUAUGAAGAGUGUGUGGACUUGAUAACAUUUAACUUUGGUCAUUGAGCGGCUGGCUGACCCUAUGCUACCUAUGUUUCAAGUAAAUCUGGGAUGCAAGUAUCUGAAUAAAGUGAUAAAUAAAGGAAUAAA